GGCUGCUGCUCUUCUGUAGGUUCUGUCACGGUGUCGGUGGUGCCCAGCUCGCCGGUCCCCUCCCCCUUCCAGCGAGCGUGGUCGCCAGAGAGGCUCUCUCAGCCCUGCUCUGCGGGGUCCAUAGCGGGGCGCGGGUGUCCGGCGGCGGCGGCGAGCCCGUGUCCAGUGGGGGUUGGUCCCGUGGCUCCGGCCCCCGGUGCAGAAUGGCGGCGGCGGUUCGGAUGAACAUCCAGAUGCUGCUGGAGGCGGCCGACUACCUGGAGCGACGGGAGAGAGAAGCUGAACAUGGUUAUGCCUCCAUGUUACCAUACAAUAACAAGGACAGAGAUGCCUUAAAACGGAGGAGCAAAUCCAAGAAGAAUAACAGCAGUAGCAGAUCGACUCACAAUGAAAUGGAGAAGAAUAGACGGGCCCACCUUCGCUUGUGCCUGGAAAAGUUGAAGGGGCUGGUGCCACUUGGUCCAGAAUCAAAUCGACACACUACGUUGAGUUUGUUAACAAAAGCCAAAUUGCACAUAAAGAAACUUGAAGACUGUGACAGAAAAGCCAUUCACCAAAUCGACCAGCUGCAGCGAGAGCAGCGGCACCUGAAGAGGCAGCUGGAGAAGCUGGGCAUCGAGAGGAUACGGAUGGACAGCACUGGCUCCACUGUCUCCUCCGAGCGCUCUGACUCCGACAGGGAAGAGAUCGACGUGGACGUCGAGAGCACAGACUAUCUCAUGGGCGACCUGGACUGGAGCUGCAGCAGCGUGAGCGACUCGGACGAGCGGGGAAGCAUGCAAAGCCUGGGCAGUGACGAGGGCUACUCCAGCUCCAGCGUCAAGAGAAUAAAGCUCCAGGACAGUCACAAGACGACGUGUCUUGGUCUCUAGGAGAGCGUGGUCGCUUCGGCUGCCGCCCGGAUGGUCCUCCCUGUCGGCUCCGAUUUAGGUAGCGUAUGGGACCUGCCCACAAUCCCCUCGCACGUCGGCUUCCGUGUGCCAUGUCACCAAGAGCAGCUGCGUUUAAAGUUGUCAAGGAAGUGCUUAGGAUUGUGGGUUUCUGUUUUUUUCUUUUUCCUUUUUUUUUUUCUUUUCUUUCCUUUUUUUUUUUUAAAUCCCCGAGUCCCAUCUCAAAAAGGGUUCAGCAGCCCACACCCGCCCAGUGUCGGGCAGGCAGGUCCCGCUGAGGCAGUCAGUGCAGCCAGGACGCCCAGGGGCAUCUCGACUCUGUGUUGCUCAGUCUGGGGUGGCUGAACGCUGCUUAGCCCCGCCCGAAGCUGGGGGACGCCGACCGGGAUCGCGGAUUUCUGAUGGCGUCCUCUAGCUUCUCUCUCUCUCUCCACAAGUCUCUCUGAGAGACCGUACAUUCCUAUCAGUUUGAAGCAUCCAAGAACUCUGAGGCCGAAUAAGCCCCUCUCACAUCUUGGCAGUUUCCCCCUCUUAUUUACUGUCCCGUGUGGUCUUCUAGACCUUCCUUAACAUUUUCUGGCUUCCUGUGUGACAUGCCUAGCAGAAAUGUCCAAUGUGUCUUGUGCUUAGGAAACUGAAGGAAACAAACUUUUCAAGCUGAGAUCUUGAUCUCAGAACUCCAAAGUAAGCUUUGAAAGUGGCAUUUAAGAGCACUUAGCCCUGGCCCUCACCACCCGUGACGAGUCAGGAAUACCUCCAGAAAACACGCGCUUCUCACACAUACACACACACACGUACGUACACACACCCCCCGAGUGAACGCCCCAACCCACGUGCAGACAGGAGCAGUAUUUCUCACCGUCAGAUGGACACCUUGCUUAUAGGAGUUCCAGCAUCAUCUGUCCUCACGAACACGAUGGUACAAAUCUGUUUUUGUGCGCUGUCCCUGGGUCCGUGCUGUGCCUGCUCUCUGAAGGCACGUUUCCCCUCCAAGCUGGUUUUGCUACUUGUCUCUGGAACAUUUUUUUUUCCUACCUCAGAGAUAAAUGAGAUCUCCAUUUCCCACUUAACAAACUGAUUAUGCCUCUUUUUUUUUUUCCGAAUAAGUGACAUUUGGUCCAAUGCUAAUCUGUUUUCCUAUGUAACUUUCAGCAAUAACUGAGCUUUGGCGCUGGCUGAGCCAGUGUCCAUCAUCAGUGAAAGGGGAAAAGUCCACAUUUUUACUCUGUUGCACGUGAACAGGAGGGAUGGUACAGUUACUAGAAUCCCUCUCCUCACCGACUGUUUUUGGAUGCACCCGGAAACUUCUUUAUGGAGGCUUUUGGGUUGAUAGUUUAAAAGGCUGAUUUUUCUUUCUGGUUAUGAUUUCUCCCUUAAGUGGUCCCCCACUUUGUAGCAUUUUUAUUUAAGCUAAAACAGAGCACAUGUAUAUGUACAUA